AUGGCGGAUAAACAUAGCCUGAAUUAUGAUGUGAGAGAGUUGAAGCUGGGAGCGACUUUUACUAACAACAAGGCACCACAAUACCACACAAUCAAAUAUGACUUCAAACCGGCUUCAGUUGACGUUAACAAAAUGGCAACGGUGGAUGUUGGAACAAAUAAUCAAGUGACUGUUACUGUACCACAUUUGGAUGGCGCAGGAGUACCUCAGACCAUUUUCAAAGGCAACCAGAGGCCUUACACAAAGGACUGCGUGCUCAUUAUAGAUAGAGUUACCGGCGAGAUUACUCUGGAGAAGCUCUCUAGUAAUAUACAAGUGAAAAAGACUAGACAAGAAACGACUCAGAAGCCGCGGCCCCUGACGCCUGUGACGACGGACUUCACAAACACGACGCAGCGCUCCACGUCGCGCACGCGCGUCACUACCAACAGACGUAGUAACACUAAUGCAGUACCUGGAACAGCCCAGCCGAAUAAUGCGGCUCGGUUUAACGGCGCGGGCAACAUGGCCAAGCCUCCCACAUUGGUCCGUUCGCCGCCGCGACAGAAGACCUCACCUCCACAGGCCGCGCCUUGGUCAGGUGGUGGCAAUAGUACGCUGGCGUCGCUACCGAUGAUAGGCCUGGACGACGCGCUGUCAGGGCCGGCCGCCGCCCCCGCCCCCGCGCCCCCGGCCGCCGCGCCCGCGCCCCCGUCUCACUACGCGCGCGCCUUCGAGCGCCCCGCCCCUGCGCCCGCGCCCGCGCCCGCCCCCGCGCCCCCGCCCGACAGGACGCAUCACAACACUACCGCCGCGUACCAACCCCCACCCACACAUCACCAGGCCCAGCAACAAGAUGACAGUUCUUCAAGUUCAUCGAGUGAGAGUGGCAGUGACUCUGAUAGCGGCAGUGAUAGUGACGACAAUGAUUCCAGUGCUCACCACUCUGUACCCAACGGUAACGCGCCCCCCAACCCUGCGUUACCGGCCGACGUGCUGAAUGAUGAUCUCUGCCUGUCCGAAUCCGGCAGCGACUCCGACUGA